AUGGCCACCGACAAUCCAGAAAUGCGGAAGGGGCAGCUGUUUCAGCAGGAACAGAUCUACUCCCUCCUGAUGCAGAACCCAGCCACCGCCAAGUACAUGGGCCAGGCUGACGUUUGCCGUAUCGUCGGCGAGCUCAGGUCCAACCCCGCCGCCUACGCCAAGUACCGGAAUGACUCCCGCAUUGUGGAGUUGGCCACCCAUCUGGCCAGUCAGACUGCACGUCCGACGUGGCCGCCUGCAUGGAGCAGCUACAGCACAACAAAAAAUGCGGAUCAGGGCGGCACGACGAGCGACGCGUCGACGACGUGGCUGCGCGCACGGCGGGACCGAGGGGCCACCUCCUCGCCGGCGUCGACGUCGACGACGUUCAACGCCUCCACCUUCUUCGCCGCUGUGCGAUCGGGCGGCCUCGCCAGCGUGAGCGCUGUCGUCGACAGCAACCCGACGGCCCUAUUUCAGGAGGACGACUUCGGGUACACACCGCUGCAUCUGGCAGCGCAGAACGGGCACACGCACAUCGUGAACUACCUCCUCGGAAAGGGCGCCGAUGUUGACCAGAAGCAGGCUGCCGGCUACUCGCCCCUCCACAUCGCCGUGCUCUCGGACAAGACCAGCGUUGCGUUGACGUUGAUCGAAAAUGGCGCCAACAUGCAGCUGCAGGACAACGAGGGUAACACGGCUCUGGAGUACGCGCUACGCAACGACAACCCGGAGCUGAUUUCGGUGCUGAUCGAAGCGGCGACGGGCGGCGCAAGUCAGCAAAGCCAGCGGGAGAGGCGACGGCAGGAGAACGAGCGAAAACGGCAGACCGCCGCGCUCGCGCUGCCGGUGCAGGUCGAGCGCAAGAUCGUCCGAGGGCAGCGGAGCUACGCGCCACCACCGCGCCGGCCGGCUGGACCCUCCCUCUUCGGCGAUGACGAUGACGAUGACGAUGACCUCUCGCUGUUCGAUGCCGAGGAGUCCACCGCGUGGCCCAGCCACACCACGUCGUCGUCGUCGGAGAAAGAGGAGAAGGCCGAGGGCGGCCUGACCGACCUGUUCGGCUUUGGUGAUGACGACGACGAAGACGACUACGUGCCCAAGGGCAAGGAGGUCAGCAGCUCGACCAGCCACAGCCACAGCCACAGUGGGCGCAAGGUCUCGUGGGCCGACCUGGAAGCUGAAGACGAUGACGAGCAGGAGCAGAACCAAUGGCAGGGCAUGAUCGCGUCGCUCUUCCCCGACGACGAGGGCGAUGAUGAAGAGGACAUCUUCCCCACCAGCACCAGCACCAAGCCCUCCUCCACGACGACCCUGGCCCUCACGCACCCGCUCGCCCAGCCCACUGAUGUGGCCCGGUCGACGACAGUGUCCGCAUCCGCCUCGGUCGCCAUCAAGACCAACACGUCGCAGAUGACGGUUGUGGUCCAGACGACUUCCGCCAAGGCCACGUCGUCGGCAACGGGCGGCGAGGUGGAUCAGCUGCUGGCGCAGAUCCAGCAGCUCGAGGCCAGGCUCGCCGAGAAGGAUCGGGAGCUGCUGGCCAAGGACGACAAGAUCUCCGUCCUCGAGGAGGACACCUGGUGUCGCAUCUGCAUGGACAAGAAGAUCGAAACGGUGUUGUUGUGGUGUGGCCACAACAUUCUGUGCACGCCGUGCUCGCAGAAGGUGCAGAAGUCGAAGAAGGACUGCCCCGUUUGUGCCAAGCCCAUCGCCCGAGUCGUGCGCACGUAUCGGGCUUGA